AGUGGAAACUAGCACUUUAGGAUUCAAUUCUACAGAAAUUAACAUUUUAAACCCCGAAAUAUGUAUUGCCUAUGAAAUGAAACCACUAACCCUAAAAGCAUCAUACCUACCUAAACCGAUAGCUAUUAUUUUAUAUCUGGCUGAUAUUUUUUGGGUGUUUAUUUGAUAAUGAAUAUCUAAAAGUCUGCCAGCAAUCAGGGGUUUUCAAAUGAAACGAAAUGCCUCUCACACUCAUGUCCGUCCUCCUCCAGAUGGUGACCAUGGAGGCCGGCUACCUUUUCCUGGGUUCCCGCCUCGGAAACUCUCUGCUCCUAAAGUACACCGAAAAACUUCAGGACACGCCACCUGAGGAGGGCAACGAGGAUCAGGACAAAGAGAAGGAUAAAGACAAACCGGAAGAACCACCGAACAAAAAGAAGCGAGUAGAAUCUUCCGCCAACUGGACAG